UUCAUAUAAUUAAAACAACCACGAUUCACUGAUACAUCACAAAAUAUGCUGCCACUGUCAUUUGGUAUACUGAUUCCCAUCAGCUUCCUUCAAACUCCAUCAUUUUCCUAUUUCUUCUCUCAUUCUGUUGUCUGAAAGGUCUUAACUUCUUUCCAAGAAAAUUCAUUAGCUUAAAUUAUUUGUAGAGUUCUCAGUUGGACUUUUCUAUAUUAUCAAGAUUCUUUUGAAUCUUUCACUAAAUUCUCUAAUCCAUGAAAAGGUUAUUCUUAUUCCCAGUAUACGAUUCUGAAUUAAAUACCACAAUAUCCUUUUGGGUGUCAUAAAAAUCUCAUCCUCUAGUCAUUUGCACCUCAACUACUUGUAUUGUUCUGAAGUUGUGGAAAUGGAAACUAUAUUUCCUACUUCAUCAAGUUGGAUGAUGCAGCAGAACAAGAGCUCAAUAUGGACUAAAGAAGAGAACAAACUGUUCGAAAGUGCUAUCGCGAUAUACGAUGAGAAUACUCCGAAUAGAUGGUUUCAGGUGGCAGAUAUGAUCCCUGGAAAGUCAGUGCUUGAUGUGAUGAUGCAAUAUCAGGAACUAGCUGCAGAUGUUUGUGACAUUGAAGCUGGAUUGGUUCCAAAUCCUGGUUAUUUCGCGUCUUCUGAUUGUGGAUUACAAACAUUUAGAAAGAGAGGCAGGUCUUCUGAUCAAGAAAGAAAGAAAGGUGUACCAUGGACAGAGGAAGAGCACAGGCGAUUUCUAAUGGGUUUAGACAAGUAUGGAAAAGGGGAUUGGAGGAACAUAUCCAAGAAAAUGGUAAUCUCAAGAACACCAACACAAGUGGCAAGUCAUGCUCAGAAAUACUACCAGAGACAGCUCUCAGGAUGCAAAGAUAAGAGGAGACCUAGUAUCCAUGACAUUACCACUUUCCAUUUCGUGGCCGACGACACAUCUCAAAACAAUAUCAAUUCAAAGUUGCACAAAUUCACAACUACAACAGAUGUAGUGAAAUACUGGAAUAGCUCAAGUGAUGAACAUCUUAUGUCUUAUGGAAGUUCAACUGUGGCAUACCCGUAUGAGCUUUCUUCACAGUCUUGGGAUGGACAUGGAGCUAUAUGGGAUUGAUGAGGGGCAGGGUUGAAAAAUGUCUAUCUAGCUAGGAUUCUGUUUUAUGCUCUUGUUGUAAUAUAAAUCAGGUUUAGUUUGUUAUAGUGUACCAGUCUAGUUUAUUUGGCUUGAAUUUCAGUCUUCGACUAAUAAUUUCGAGUCUUGUUUCAUUUGAUCAUGUAAACAUAUGCGUCUGCCCACAAGAGAACCGAGUGUACUAGUCGCUGCUUAUGUUUGUAGUCACGACUGUUGUCAUAGUUAAUGUCUAAUUACUAUAAACUUGUGAAUCUUUGUUUCCUUUAUGAA